AUGGUGAUUAGUGGGAGGAACUCGUGCGAUGGUCUAUUGAAGAGAAUGGAACAAUCUGAGCAAGCGGUUCCCGAGGGGUCCCUGUUGUCCGCCGAUGGAACGAUAUCUCUUCUUUUUAGUAGAGACUUCCCAGUAGUGCCCAUGUGGAGUCCAUCGAAGAGAAUGGAACAAUCCGAGGAAGCGGUUCCCGAGGUGUUCCGACAUAUCACCGAUGGAUCGAUAACUCUUAUUUUUGAAAACUUCCGAAAAAAGCCCCUAGACUUUUUUAUUUAUUUUUUAUGA